AUGUGCUCCAAAGAAGUGGCCGUGGAGCGAACCAGGCUCUAUGGGAACGUCAAGGGAGAGACUGUGGCCUUCAUGAAGAAAAUGAUAGAAAGAACAGGACUGGGUGACUCUACCUAUGUGACAGAAGCUUUGCUUGAAGAGCCUCCAAACUUGGGCAUCGCAGGGGCAAGGAGAGAAGCUGAGAUGGUUGUGUUUGGAGCCAUUGACCAAUUGUUGGCGAAGACCAAGUUGGAGUGUAAGGCCAUAGGGAUACUGGUGGUAAACUGUUCGAUUUUUAACGUGGUGCCAUCUCUGUCUAGCUUGAUUGUGAACAGGUACAAGCUUAGAGACAGUGUUGCAAGCUAUAACAUCACGGGAAUGGGAUGCAGUGCUGGACUCCGAGCCACUGGCCUAGCCCAACAGCUCCUUCAGGUGCACCGUAACUCCUAUGCUCUAGUGGUGAGCACAGAGAACAUAACUCAAAACUACUACUUAGGCAACGAUCAGUCCAAGUUUCUAGUCAAUUGCUUGUUCCGUGUUGGUGGGGCUGCCAUUCUCCUCUCUAAUCGGUCGUCUGAUCGAAAAUCAUCAAAGUACCAGCUCAUCCAUACCGUCCACACUCACACCGCAAGUUUUAACCCUUCAUACAGUUGUGUUUUCCAAGAUGAAGAUCAAGAGGGAAAGGUGGGGGUCAGCAUCACCAAAGAUCUCUUGUUCGCGGCAAUCAAAGCCAUAGAAUCCAACGUCACUACACUAGCUCCUGUAAUCCUCCCUAUAUCUGAACAACUCCGUUUUUCCGUGAAUUAUAUUUUAAGAUGCCUCCACGUGUCAAACAUCCAACCGUACAUUCCAAAUUUCGGCAAGGCCGUUGAUCACUUUUUCCCGCAUGUUGGUGGGAAACCAGUACUGGACGAACUGCAGAAAAACUUAAAGUUAAGUGAGGCCGCCAUGGAAGCUUCUAGAAUGACAUUGUAUAGGUUUGGGAAUACUUCUAGUAGUUCAGUGUGGUACGAAUUAGCCUAUGCUGAGGCCAAAGGUAGAAUCAAGAAGGGUGAUCGUGUGUGGCAGAUUGCAUUUGGAUCUGGCUUUAAGUGUAGCAGUGUGGUUUGGCGUGCGAUGAGGACCGUUGAUCGUGAAAAGAUGAAUCCAUGGAGCGAUGAGAUUGAUGAGUUUCCCGUGGACUUGCGCAACGUUAAACCAUUCAGUAGUGACUAUUUCAAGCCAUCUAAAUAA